AUGUGUGACAUGGGAGGCCUCGAUAACCUGGUGCAAAACACCGCCUAUCUCAAAGCCCAGGGUGGAGAUGACAAGGAGAUGAAAAAGCGGCGGCGGAGUCUGUCUCUGCCCAAGCCCGACCAGUGUGCAGCCGUACGCACCCAGGUGGAUAAGACCUUUGAGUUCCUCUGCGAGCAGCAGCCCGUGGGGAAGAAGUUCUUCCGUGAUUACCUGAAGCAGGCGUCCCCCGACUAUGUGUCCGCCGCAGAGUUUCUGGACGAUCUUACCGACUGGGAACUGUCACUGCCCGGCGCUGCCAGGGAUAAGGCCAAAACGAAUCUCAUCAACAAGUACUGUAAGGAGGGCUCCAAGAACUUCCUGAAGUUCUUGACUGGAGAUGCACUUGACAAAUGCAAAGCAGUAUCAGACAAGGACUUUGAUGAGGUCGUACCUUCCAAAGUGAAAGAUGGCACCAGAGAAUUCAUCAAGGGAAAGCCAUUCACGGAUUACCAGACCAGCCCAUUCUUUGACAAGUACUUGCAGUGGAAAGAAUUUGAGAAACAACCCAUCAGUGACAAAUACUUCUAUGAAUUCAGGACAUUAGGAAAGGGAGGCUUUGGAGAGGUAUGUGCUGUGCAAGUAAAAAACACAGGCAAGAUGUAUGCCUGCAAAAAACUGGACAAGAAGCGUCUGAAGAAGAAACAUGGUGAGAAGAUGGCCCUGCUCGAGAAGAAGAUUCUGGAAAAAGUCAACAGCCUGUUCAUUGUGUGCCUGGCAUACGCCUAUGACACCAAAGAGCACCUGUGUCUCACCAUGAGUUUGAUGAAUGGAGGAGACCUCAAGUACCAUAUCUACAGCAUCGGCGAGAAAGGUAUCGAGAUGGACCGCAUCAUCUAUUACACCGCCCAGAUCACCACUGGCAUCAUGCACCUGCACGCCAUGGACAUUGUUUACCGUGACAUGAAGCCCGAGAACGUGCUACUGGACAGCCUGGGCCAGUGCCGUCUGUCUGAUCUGGGUCUGGCCGUGGAGCUGCCAGCUGGAAAAACCAUCACCCAGAAGGCUGGUACAGGUGCCUACAUGGCCCCAGAGAUCCUGACCGACAUCCCAUACCGAACCUCAGUGGACUGGUGGGCCCUUGGCUGCAGUAUUUACGAGAUGGUUGCCGGCUACACCCCCUUCAAGGGGCCUGAAGCAGACAAGAAGAAGCUGGAGAAGGAGGAAGUCCAGAGGCGCAUCAUCAACGAAGAGCCCAAGUGGGAGCACAAGAACUUUGAUGCUCCCACUAAAGAUGUCAUCCAGCAGUUCCUCAAGAAGAAGAUCGAUGAGCGCCUUGGCAACAAGAACAACUGUGAGGACCCCAGGAAGCAUGAAUUCUUCAAGAGCAUCAACUUCCCCCGUCUGGAGGCUGGUCUGACCGAUCCCCCUUGGGUGCCCAAGCCCAACGUUGUGUACGCCAAGGACACUGGCGACAUUGCAGAGUUCUCCGAGAUCAAGGGCAUCGUGUUCGAUGACAAAGAUGACAAAUUCUUCAAGGAGUUUUCCACGGGCGCCGUGUCUAUCCCCUGGCAAGAGGAGAUGAUUGAAACCGGACUCUUUGACGAGCUCAACGACCCCAAUCGGAAAGAGUCCGCAGGUGGUCUCGACGAUGAGAAGAAAUCAGGCACCUGCACACUUCUGUGA